AUGUCAACCUACCAGCUUCGCGCUCCAUCGCCGUCCUCAGAGUUUGACUACCCAGCGUCUGCACUGACACAAGAACCGCAGCCCGACAAGCGGACGAGUGGAACGCCGUCCACCCCCUUUGACCUGGCUGGCGCUGGGCAAGCGCCGGGAUGCCAUAUUCCGGCUUUCGUUGCCGCUAAUCCCUCCACCAGCGGGCUGUCUGCGCAAAGCGACACGCUUGGUCUAGCUCAUGUUCUCCCCGCGCGUUUCCUGGAGACUGCGGAUUUCAUUGUCAUUUCCAUGACCCGGUCUGGGACGGUCGUGUUCGCUGACUGUGCGAUACGGCAAUUCCUGCCGCAGGUGUACUGCCAGCUGAAGAAUGUAGGUUCAGUGGAUGUAGGAAGUCUGCUAUCAAUACUUGGCGUUCUCGGGCUACUCAAGCUUGCGUGA